AUGUCGAAAGCUGAAAUGUUACACCUGAAAACGUCGACGCUAUUCAAUGACUCCAUGGAUCGCUCACACUACGAAAAUAGCCGCGAGAAGAGAGACCUGUUCUACAGCAGUAUUGGAUCCUACCUCAAGCACUGCGUGAAACCCGUCCUUCAGUGCGGAACCGACGGCUACCGAUCGUACAGUGGGAUCUGUAACAAUGUCCGGAAUCACAAGUGGGGAGCUGUGCAUUCCUGCCUCUUGAGGCUCCUACCGGCGAAUUACGAGGAUGGCGUGGCGAAACCGGUCAAGCUCGCACCACCCAGCACAAUAUCGGCGAAACUGCGCCAUCUCGGGAGAGCCGGCAAUUCCACGAACUCAGUCACGAACUUUUUCUUCGCUUUCGGACAAUUCCUCGCUCAUGAUAUCACCAACUCGGUCACCUCGGAUAUAAUCGGCAGUGAUUGUUGUGAAUCGAGUGGAGAAUCCCAAGAUCAAUGCGAGAUGAGGCUCGACGUCUCAUCGGAUCCUUUUUUCAAGAGACACAACGUCACUUGCAUAAACUUCAUCCGAGGCGCGCGAUGUCCCUGCAAAUCGGGUCCUAGAGACCAGAUGAACGGCGCCACGAGUUUCAUCGAUCUGUCGCAAGUUUACGGGAACGAUGGACUCCUGAGUGAUUACCUGAAGGAUACAGAGGAGCCCUAUCUUCUAAAAACGGAGCGAGGCGACGAGCUUCCCCUGGGUGGCAAGGAUUGCGUUUCUACUCUUUGCUUCUUCGGAGGAGAUCACCGUAUCAAUCAGCAAGCCGCAUUGACGGCCAUGCACACUCUCUUCUUACGUAACCAUAAUUUCCUGGCACGGAAGCUGAGGGAGCUCAAUCCAACAUGGAGUGCUUUCAAGGUAUUCGAAGAAGCUCGCAAGAUCAGCAUCGCGCAAUUCCAAGUGGUGUUUCUGAAGGAAUUCCUACCCCUUCUGCUCGGGUUCGAGCUCCUCGAUCGCCACGGAAUGUGCUUCGAGACUUUUCUCCGAAGAGCGAGCGUUUAUGACGAUAACUUGGAGCCCGGGAUGUUCAAUGAAUUCGUCACGGCGGCGUUCCGGCUGCACACAAUGAUACCGGAGAGGUUGGGGAGAUUACCGUACAAGUUUUUCGAUGUGGACGAGUAUCUCAGAGAGGAUGGACGACCUGGGGACCACUGCUCUUCUGUGCUCCAAAAUCUGAUACACUCCAGAGGGAAAACACCGGAAUUCCCAGCAUCGAAUGUUGUUUCUCGACACAUUUACGACACGGACGGCGACUUCGGCCUGGACUUGGUGGCCAUCAAUAUCCAGCGCGGGAGAGACCACGGGUUGAGGCCUUACGUAGAUUACUUGGCCGCGAUGAGGAACAUAAGCGUGACCAAGUUCGACGAUUUGAUUCCUCUUAUGGGUGAUGAAGCCCCAUUGAUCCUGCAAUCAGCAUAUGCGGACGUGGCCGACGUGGAUCUGUUCGUUGGUGGUCAUUUGGAGAAGAAGCAACACGGUCUUCUCGGCUCGCUUGUUGCUGAAAUUUGCGUGACCCAGUUCAAAAGAAUCAUCGAAGCCGACCGUUUCUUUGUCACUCAUCGGAAUUUUUUCUAUAAGGAGCAAUUCGAGGCUUUGAUGCGAUCCACUUCGGCCGAUAUCUUGUGUACGAAUACCGAGUUGAAAGAGGUUCCGACGAAUGCCUUCAAGAUGGGCUCCGAGGCUGUAAUAUGCUCAGAGAGAUCUGGUCUCAAUUUGGAGCUCUGGCGAGAUCAUUAUACUCAAAUCUAA